UGUUUAUAUGCAGAACUCGACGAAUGCCUUUUACUUCCGGCGUUUAGGCAGCGAACAGAGCUCCAAACUUAUUUACACUGUCAAAUAAAUUUAUUUACACUGCCAAAUAAACUUUUAUAGCGCAUUGUACCUCCUUUUCAAAGAUUCUCGCUUGUAUGUUUUAUGUUAUACGGCUGUAGGUUGUCUCUUGGCCAUGUCUCUGCUCUCAGAGAGCUAAAGCUGUGUAAAUAUUAUCAUGAGAAGUAUUUCAGUGGACGUAACGUUACAGUGUUAAAGCUGUUAUUAUGGCUUCUCAUCACAACACUACAUCAGAGGAGGAUUUCCCCACUCUGAAGCCGAGACGCAUCCAAAACCAGAACGUGGUGCACCGGCUAGAAAGGCGUCGGAUCUCCUCUGGUCCAGUCGGGGCACAUUGGUACCGUGUGCGUUGCUUCCACCAGAACCUGUUCCCCAACUUCACAGUGGUGAACGUAGAGAAGCCGCCCUGCUUCCUGCGCAAGUUCUCCCCUGACGGACGAUGCUUUAUUGCGUUUUCUUCUGAUCAGACUUCUUUGGAAAUCUAUGAGUACCAAGGAUGCCAAGCUGCUGAAGAUCUUCUUCAGGGUCAGAAUAGAGAAACGCUGGCCAAUGGGAAUGACCAGUGCUCCCUCAACAUCAGAGGCAGACUCUUUGAACGCUUCUUUUCCCUUCUCCACGUCACCAACGUGGCCUCCAACGGAGAGCACUUGAAUAGAGAGUGCAGUCUUUUCACUGACGACUGCCGUUAUGUGAUCGUCGGCUCAGCUGCUUACUUGCCUGAAGAACCACAUCCACACUUUUUUGAGGUGUACAGAAACAACGAAUCUGUGACACCGAACCCACGCUCUCCUCUUGAGGACUACUCACUGCACAUCAUAGACCUGCACACGGGCCAGCUGUGUGAUACACGCUCCUUUAAAUGUGACAAAAUCAUUCUGUCACACAAUCAGGGACUGUAUCUGUACAGAAAUAUACUGGCAGUGCUUUCUGUGCAGCAACAGACCAUACAUGUCUUUCAGGUGACACCAGAAGGAACCUUCCUUGACGUUCGCACUAUUGGUCGUUUUUGUUACGAGGAUGACCUGCUGACACUGUCUGCUGUUUACUCUGAGGCCCAGGCUGAAGGCCAGCCUGGUUUCUCCCGUCUGUAUAAGGAGAAAACCAUCAACUCCUUAAAACACCGUUUGUUGGUGUACCUGUGGAGGAGAGCAGAGCAGGAUGGCAGCGCCACGGCAAAACGCCGGUUCUUUCAGUUCUUCGAUCAGCUCAGACAGCUGCGCAUGUGGAAGAUGCAGCUCCUGGAUGAACAUCACCUGUUCAUAAAGUACACCAGUGAAGACGUGGUCACGCUGAGGGUCACCGACCCCUCACAGCCCUCUUUCUUCGUGGUUUACAAUAUGCUAACCACCGAAGUAAUUGCGGUUUUCGAGAAUACUUCAGACAAACUUCUAGAGCUUUUCGAAAACUUCUGCGACCUCUUCCGGAACGCCACGCUCCACAGCGAGGCUGUGCAGUUCCCCUGCUCCGCUUCCAGCAACAACUUUGCCCGUCAGGUGCAGCGCAGGUUUAAAGACACCAUCGUGAAUGCCAAAUAUGGAGGGCACACAGAGGCGGUAAGGAGGCUUCUCGGGCAGCUGCCAAUCAGUGCUCAGUCCUACAGCAGCAGCCCAUAUCUGGACCUCUCCCUCUUCAGCUAUGACGACAAGUGGGUAUCAGUCAUGGAACGGCCGAAGACCUGUGGAGAUCAUCCCAUACGGUUCUACGCGAGGGACUCGGGGUUGCUGAAAUUUAAGAUCCAGGCAGGCCUGCUGGGCAGACCCAUUAACCAUGCGGUCAGGAGACUGGUCGCGUUUACCUUCCAUCCCUUCGAGCCGUUCGCCAUCUCUGUGCAGCGCACCAACGCCGAAUAUGUCGUCAACUUUCAUAUGCGCCAUGGAUGCGUAUGAUGACGCAUGUGUGAGUAGAGACGUGUGCUUUGAGAGACUCCUGAAAUCUGUUUGUUUUCUUUUUAUACAUCCUUUUUAUAUUAAAGUUUUAUUUAUUACAAAUGUGAUGUCUUUUAUGCAUUUACACUAAAUGUUUUUAUCUUUAGCUUUUCCGUUCUUUAACUAAAUUGCAAUGUGCAAAAUAAAAUGGUUUAUUUAUAUUA